AUGGCCCCCUACUUCAUCCGCAACCUCCUCCCCCGCCCCGAGGCUCGCAAGGAGGGCCGUCCCCUCCUCGAGGUCCUUGGCACCAUUACCCUCGUCCAGUGGGGGAUGUUUUGGUCUGGCUGGCUCGCAUGGACGUGCGACGCCAUCGACUUCUUCUCCGUCUCCCUCUCCGUCGACCGCCUCACCGAGCAGUUCAACCGGAGCACCCAUGAUAUUACAACCGCCAUCACGCUCACGCUCCUCUUCCGCUCUCUCGGCGCGGUCAUUUUCGGCAUCAUCUCCGAUCGUUACGGACGCAAAUGGCCUCUCGUCUUCAACCUCGUGCUCAUCUCCAUUCUCCAACUCGGUGCCGGCUUCGUUACAACCUUCCAGGAAUUCCUUGCCCUCCGCUCUCUCUUCGGUAUCGGUAUGGGUGGUAUCUGGGGCCUUGCCGCCGCCACCGCUCUCGAGAACUUGCCCGUCGAAGCCCGUGGUCUCGCAUCCGGUAUCCUCCAGCAAGGCUACGCCGUCGGUUACCUCAUUGCCGCCAUCAUCUCCCUCUACCUUGUUCCUACCACCGCGACCACUUGGCGUUCGCUCUUCUGGUGUGCCUCCGGCAUCUCUGCCUUUGCCGCCGUCAUCCGCGCACUUCUCCCCGAAUCCGAGGUAUUCAUCCGUGCGCGGCAAGAAGCUCUCGCCCGCGGCAACAGCACGACGAACAAGACCAAGGUCUUCUUGCACGAGACUGGCCAGAUGCUCAAGCGCCACUGGCUCCUCUGCAUCUACGCUGUCCUCCUCAUGACUGGCUUCAACUUCCUCUCCCACGGCUCUCAGGAUCUCUACCCCACGUACCUCACCAAGUCGAAGCUCUUCAGCAGCCACGAUGCGACCGUUGCGACUAUUAUCGGUAACUGCGGUGCUAUCGCUGGUGGCGCUAUUGCCGGCUACGUUUCCCAGUACAUUGGACGUCGCCUGACCAUUAUCAUCUUCGUCCUGAUCGUUGCGGCUUUCAUUCCUCUCUGGAUCAUUCCGAAUUCGUUCUCUGGGCUUGCCGCCGGCGCGUUCUGCAUCCAGUUCGGUGUUCAGGGAGCGUGGGGUGUUAUUCCCAUCCAGUUGGCGGAAAUCUCUCCCCCUGCGUUCCGCGCUACCUUCCCUGGUGUUGCCUACCAGCUCGGUAACAUGGUGUCUUCAGCCUCGGCACAAAUCGAAGCCACUGGCGCUGCGAACCUGAAGACGACGAUCGUUCAGAACGGUGUAUCGAUCGUUGUGCCCGACUACGCCAAGGUGCAGGGUAUCCUCAUCGGUGUCGUCGCCGCCUUCGUCAUCUUCAUCACCGUCAUCGGGCCCGAGAAUUACGCCUCGCACUUUGAGAACGCGAAGACGGCGUUCGAGGAGGGCGGAGGCGCGGACGAAACGCGCGAAGGCAACAUGAAGGAAACCUCGCGGCCCACUUCGCUCCAGGUCGACAGCGAGAAGCGAGCGACCCCCGAGCCUGUCUAA